AUGGUGUUCCCGAUGUACACGGUGGCCGCUGAGACCGUGCUGGAGAUGACGAAGAUGAGGCCACAUGAGGAGCUGAAAGCCGAUGGACUCCUGACCCAGUUCGACAAGAGCAUGGGGCGGGCUACUUUCGUUUCGCACCAGUGGGUCGGAAGGCACCAUCCAGAUCCAGACUUCAAGCAGUUCAAGGUCUUGCAGGAUGCGCUCAAGAACAUCAUGACGAAGAUUGACGAGAUCCAUCUUGACAUCUUCUCGGAGAUCUAUCUUCCUGAUAUGAAGCCAAUGUCAACAAAGGAGUUUCGAUCCACGUGUUCGCCCAUCUUUGUCUGGUACGACUUCUUCUCAUGUCCACAGUUGGAGGCAGCUCCAAGGAUCAACCUACUCAGUGCCAUCGACAGCAUCCCCGCCUACGUGGCGCAGUGCGAGUUCUUCUUCGUCCUGUGUCCAUGCAUUGAGACGUCAGAUCGGACCCACUUGCUGAGUCCCAACACAUGGGCUGAGCGAGGCUGGUGCAGAGUUGAAAGGACGAUGCGGGAGCUUUCGACAAAUCCCAGCUAUAUCGUGGUGAAGAGUGCGACGCAGUUGGAGUUGGUGGCAUCCGCUGCCUGGUCGUACGGCGGUUCG